AUUAAAAAAUCUUGAUACGAAAUAUGUAAACCAAAAAUAAAAUGUACGUAUUAUAUUUAAAGGACUACCAAGGACCGCGAAAAAGAUGUUGGGUAAGUGGAUUAUUACCCUGAUCUGGAUGCAUUUUGCAUUAGUUGUCAUUGGACAAUCACCGACACCAGGCACUGAUCCCCGUCACCAGGCACUGACCCCCCUGGUGAUGGUACCACCACCACCACAACAACAACAACAACAACUUUAGCUCCUGAUACCACCACCACAACAACAACAACAACUUUAGCUCCUGAUACCACCACCACAACAACAACUUUAGCUCCUGAUACCACCACCACAACAACAACAGCAGCUCCUGAUACGACAACAACAACAACAACAGCAGCUCCUAGUACCACAACAGCUGAUCCUGGCUGCAAUCAGACAUUAACAGCAACUCUAACAACUUCAUAUUUUACAACUGUGAAUUAUCCAUACAACUAUGACAGCAAUAUGAACUGUCAUAUACUGAUUACGUCUCCAACAGAUACGGCAAUUACGUUAACUUUUCUCGCUUUUACGUUUGAAGCUGACACGUAUUGCACGUACGACAAUUUUGCAGUCUACGAUUAUUCCACUGUGGAUGGAUCUACGUCUCUCAUUGGAACAUACUGCGGGACCAACGCACCAGGGAGUAUUCUAAGUAACAACAAUGCAUUGUACAUAGUAAUAUACAGUGACGGUUCUAUACAGCGCACUGGGGCUAAUGUUGGUUACGUAUAUUCGAACAACUCUUACCCAAAUUGCAAGGCUGGCUACACAUCAUAUACAGCCACGAGUACCGUACUGUCUUUGAGCAACACGAAUUCUCCAUACCUGAGCAAUCAGGACGAGUACUUUCUUGUGGAGAAUCCAACAGGUGGUAAUCUUAUUCUACAGUUGUCCGCAAUGAGCAUUGAACGGGCGUCGGGAUGCACAUAUGAUAGGCUGACCAUCUACAACGGUGCUUGCACAAAGAAUUCUGUAUUAGAUAUACACUGUGGAACAUUCUUGAAGAGAUGGGAGUUAACAGGCACUGAAUAUCUCGUGCAUUUUCAUUCUGACAGCAGCAUAGAAAAGAAUGGGUUUACUUUACAAUAUUUUCUAGGUGUAUCUGGAACAGGAGCUCCGACCACCACCACAACUACUAUUGGUCCGCCAGUGUCCGCCGAGGUGUUCCUAAUCAAUGACGUACUGACCAACUACAGUACUGAAAACUUUCCAGUCAGGAAUUUAUCUACCCCUGUUGAAUCAGUUGUAGAAGUGUAUUUAGCAGGCGUCAACAGUUUGGACGAGGUACCAGAAUUCAGUAUCAUCUCCUUCUCUUUAAGUCGUAAUAUAUCAGUAUGGUUACAAGUAAUGUCCCUGUCUGGGUUCAAAUGGGUGUGGGCAAAUAUCUGGUGA